AUGCAAUCAACUAGAAUAUCAGUGAUUUUCAAUUAUAUCCCUAAUUUUAAUAACUUGUCAGCUACAAAAUUAUUGUUGAUUAAUAAAAGCAUAAUCAGACUAAGAAGACUAAAAAAUACAAGUAUUGUUUUAAUUUGAUUUUAUAGAAACGAUGAUUAAAAAGAAUUGCUUCCUAAAACUAAAUCAUCAUAAGAAGAACCGUGUAAACAAGAAUUGUAUUAUAAACUAUAACAUUUUAGUAUAAAACCAUUAGUUUAACCCUAAUAAAUAAAUAAAUAAAAGAGAAUAAUUUGUUACCAAAAUUACAAUCAGAUAUUGUAAAGAUGGUUCACCUCUUGGUUCAAAAUAAACUUUAAAAUAUAGUAAACAUCAUCAAACAAAAAAAUCAAAAAAAGAGCAUAUAAAUACAGGUGAUUGGUCAGCAGUUGAACAUAAUACUUAUGUAAAUUUCUUGCUUCAAUAUGAAAAUAUUAUGAAUUCGUCAAAACAUCAAAAAUAUUUAAAUAAAUGAGUGAAUUAAAUUGGUUCAAGAACUCCAAGUUAAUGUAAAAGUCAUCAUCAAAAAUUUAGAAAAAAUAAUUGAUUGAAUUGGCUAAAGAUGGUAUUCUUAUUUCAAUAAUAUAAAUGAUAUAGAAUAAUUAAUUGAAUAAGAUCCUUCAAAUAUGAUGAUUGAUAAAUAAUUUUAUUAUCAUCCAUAUAUUGCUAAUGGAAUUGAUUUAAAGUCAUUCCUUAUUGAUACAAAUCUCAAAAGAGAAGAUGUGCUAGAAUAUUUUCACCCAGGCUAAUUUUAAGAUUAUGAAGAUUAUCUAAAAAUUACACCAGAUAAUAAUAAUUAGUUAGAUUAUUGA